CAACAUAUAAGGAUUCAAUUUACAUCUUUGGGGGGACAAUUGGGUGUAAUCAAUUUGCCACAAGCAAUUUUUUUCAUUAUGCAACACCACCCUUUUAUCAAGAACAAGAAAUUUCAUGGAAACCGCUUUCAACACAAAAUGUGAAAAGUGUGACAGAUCCGGGAUGUAUCGUUGACGAAACACGCGGUCUAUUAUUUGUACUUGGGGGCAAAGACUUUCUCAAUAAUAGUCAUCCGGGCUUCCAAGUUUAUAAUUUUAAUACUCAAAAUUGGAAUGAACCUCAAAAUUUACCACCUUUUGUCCCAGAUGAUCUCAAAAAUGAUAGUUGGGGACCACGUGUAGAAUGGUUAGAACCUGGAGUAAUGUUUAUAUGGGGUGCCAACACUACGACACAAGGAUCAUAUCUACUCAACUUGAAUUUUGAUCCUUGGCAGUGGACCAUAGUAUCAACAAAGAAUACUAUUGUUCCAACAAAACGUGCUGGUGUUGCUGUUGUUAAAGGAAAUGCAUUUAUAUUUGGUGGAUUUGCCAAUGAGGCAGAUUUCUCUCCCGUUAAUACGGCUUAUAUUUAUUCUUCACAACAUGGAUUUUUGAUUCCCCAAUAUCAAUUGCCAAAUUCAUUUACAUUAGCACAUGGAGUUGUUGGUGUGUGGAACGACAAGUUGAGCAUCAUUGCCAUGGAUCCUGGUAAAUCAACAACAAAUCAAAUGAAUGUAGUAAAUUUCGAUUUGACAAAUUUUCAAUUUGGCCAAGUGACUUCGGCUCCGUUCAUGCCCAACAUUACAACAAUUCGAAACCGUGCAUCUGGCGUACAAUUUCCAUGGUCGGAUUCUAUAUUUAUUUAUGGCGGUACUGCUCAAUAUUGUGGUCAACCCAUUUUAAGUACCUGGGUAGUCUAUAAUAUGUCGAGUCAAACAUGGGGAACGGAUUUUAAUGUUAAUAAGAGGAAUAGCCUGAUCAGCAAUGACCUUACUUUUCCCAAGGUCAAUAACUUGGAUCUUAACAACGCCAAUAGUACGCCGAGUGGAAAUGUUAGCCCAUCAACAACGACAUCAAAUUCUGAUGGAUUAUAUUUGAAGAUAAUAAUUAUUGUACUAUCUUUGCUUCUUUUCUUUCUCUCGGUAGCAUUUGGCGUAGUAUUAUGGAAGUGGAAAAAGUCAAGAAAUCUAUAUGAAAAAACCGAUGCAUAUCCGUCACAGAGUCAACUUGAUGAAAUGGCGUCUAGAAGGCUAUAA